AUGUUGUCCUUCGUCUUGCUGCAACUCGAACCACUAUUCCGCUACGACUCGUGCGAGUGGUCAGGAGAGUCGAAGGGAGGAAGCACCAAUUGCACGACGAGAAUACCCUGGGGAUUCGACAGAUGGGAAAUUAAAGUAGGGCGAGUGAUCGAUCUCUGUGCGUCGUCGACUCGAGUGCUAUACGAAGCCAGCUAG